CAACACUUGUUUGUGUUGGUCCAUCUUCAAUUUCUGACAUUCAUUCAUUCACGCAAAAAUGAAUGUUCUUCAUGUUUGCUGAUUCCCGAUAGAACGCAAAAACAACAUAAAAAAACGGGAUAGCAAAAGUAGAAAUUUGUGUAUGUUUUCUUUUGCUGCUGCUGCUGCUGCUGCUCUAGGAAGUGCGUGUGUGUGUGUGCGUCAGUGAUUGCUGAUAGAUUGCAAAGGAAUUCCAUACAAAAAAAGAAGACGGUUGUUAAUAGUCCGCUCGGCGUUCUUGUUGGAUUUAUUCAAGCCUUGGCUGCUAUAAACACGGUUGGCUUCUCUUCAGACGCAGUUGGAAGGAAGUAAAGAGGUAUAGAUUAGAAAGCCGAGAGCAAAACAAAUUCAAUUUUUUUUGUGUGUGGCUCUGUCGCCAGCAAGCGCAGGCAGGCAGGCAAACAAAUUUUGCAAAGUACACGAACAGCGCCCCAUUUAUGAAUUGAAAACUGCUGAAAGGCUGACGCAGCAAAAGAAGAAGCGACCCGUGGCCGUUUAAAGUUUUGGUGUUUUGUUUUAAUCAUCGCUUCAUCAUUGUCUAUUAGUGGACGACACGGAACGGUUGGGUUUUGUUUGUGUGCGUUUCCUUCUUUGCGGCAAAUUUGCUUAGAAGAGGCAACGGACGUUUGUCAUCAAACGCAGAACAGUUAAAGCACAUUUUGCUUAUUCCAACUUCAAGGUUUUUAAAUUUUGAACAUUUGUAGCUUCCAACAUGACUGAAAUGGAUGCCAAAGCGAAACUUAAGCGCUUCUGUUACUUGGGCUCAUUCCAUCCCGUCUAUAUGCAUUUGAGGGGACCCAUUGCUGUUGAAAAAUAUUGGCCAAUUGUCAGUGAGUUGGUUAAACAAUUGAAUGAUGAAGUGAUGCUGCCAUUCCUCAAGGACAUCUUAAAUGACAAUUCGCUGGUUCGAAGAGAUGAGGUUUUGUUUGUGUAUGCCGUCUAUCUGGCCUCCGAAAUCGACAUCAAAUGGAAGACUACGUUACGCAUAGCAUUUGCUCCGCUCAUGCGCACCGAUGAUGAUCUCUUUUUGUUUUGUGACCUCUCAAUGCGCAUAGCCAAAUUGCAGAAUCACAAGGGAUUUUCGAGAACAGUGCGCAAAGCCAUUAAGGCAUGGUAUGAAAUGCAAACACCCGAUGCCAUACGAACAAUGUGGAUGGCACAUCGAGGUUUACAUGGUUUCACACAUAAAUCUCUGAUAAAAUUGUGUCACAUCUCCGAUGGCACUUUGGGUUCCACAACUGUGUCGACGUUGUUCUUUAAGACUUGCACCGAACUGCUUAAGGAAACCGAAACCGAAGCUAACGCCGUCGGCACUCCACCUGCAAUGGAUAAUGCAACAGCCAAUGAAGGGGGAGUAUCCACCGAUACCAAUGCCAAUGAAACUAAAGCCAAUAAUUUGAAUAGCCAAUCACAAGAACAACAACAUCAGACUAAUACUCAACCACAACAAACAACCACUCAACCACAACAACCAAACCCACAACCACCACAAUCGAAUGCAACUUCAAAUCCACCAACUUCUGAAGACUUAGCCACUGCAGUUUCCAAAUUGCGCAUCACCAAGAAAAAUCAUGAUGCCUUGAAGAUUAUACGCAAAUACAAAUUGCCCUAUCAACAAGUUCCUGGACACUUUUUGAGUUAUGCCCCUAUCAUGGCUCAGCUUAUACCCACCAUGUCCUAUAUGCAAGUGCUCAAGUGUUGGCGCCGCAUGGGUCAAAACAAACACUUGGAGAAUCAAAGAAUUUUCAAGUUGUGCAAGGCUCGCCUGGAGAAUAAAGAGUUGGCUCGCAAGACCAACGUUCAUCCGGUGCACAUUUUGAUAAAUAUGCACAACAUUGGUGUAAUUAGUGGCGAUAUGUCCAAGUUGCCCUCCAAAAAGGUGGAAUCCUAUAAAAUGGAUUAUUUGGACAAGUUGUAUCGGGACUCGUUUCAAUGGCAAUCGGGCGUAGGAAAGCUACGCAUGCACAUCACCGUGAAUUUGCAGAGCAACUAUAAGAAAAAGUUCUUAAAGAACCAUCGCAAGUUGACAUACUUUGAUGCCUGUUUGGCCUUAUCAUUUGGCUAUUCGAAACGUGAGGCUUUGGUGGAUGUUUUCCACUGGUACGAGGAUAAAAUGAAACUAAAGAAAAUAGUCUUUGAAAAGGACUAUACCACUCAUUUGGGCUUUACCUCGUAUGCUGUGGUUGAGAACCAAAAGAACAACCAACGUUUAGUCACCCCUAUUUUGAAUGCUUUGUCAAGCCAGCAAGUCUAUGACGUAUUCUUGUGCAUAGUUCCAACGGCUGGCCGUGGUAAUCCAAAUCAAAAUUCGGAGUUUCUUUGCAAGUUUUUGGACAAAUAUCGUGAAACAAAAAAUCCAAAUGCUAAAUUUAUUAUAUUGGAUUUGUUGCGUUUCAAACCAUCCAUGAGCUACUCUGAAACUCGCAAUGAGAAUAUAUUGGAAAUUUGUGGCUUAGAUGAGCACACUCCAGAUCUUAUACACAACUUUGCAACGCAGCGCUUCGAGUAAGGCGGCAGAGAGAGAGAGAGGAAAACGAACGCAAAAAAGGUAUUAAAACGAAAUUCGAAUAAUUAGUUUAAGGAAAGCAUAUAUCGUAAAAAGUAAAAUAUUAUCAUGAAAGCGAAUAUUCAAUUCAACUACGUACAUACAUACAAGCAUAGGCAUAUAUAUGAACAAUAUAUUAAUAUAUUACAUGCUUUAUUCUUCUUCUUCUUCUAAACAUAUACUAAUAUUAAAUGCUAAACAAUAUUUAGCGAAAAUAUUGUAGUUGUGCAUAGAUGCAAGAACUCACAUACAUACCCAAACCCCCACAUACAGAGAUAUAAAAAGCCUGAUGGGAAUUUUUUUCGAAUGAAAAUUAAAUUUUAAGAUUUUCCCUUUUUUUACACUUGUUUUAAGAAUUAGUUUUUCUUUAUUUUUAUUUUUUUUUUAAGCUUUAAGUUGAAAAUGAAUACAAUUUUUUUAUUUCAUUUUACUAUAACAAAUGAAAGGACA